GUCCGGACUGCAAGCCUGCACUGUGCUGAGAGAGAGAUGACUUGAGUGGCCAGCAUCUUUUUUUUUUUUUUUUUAAGCUCCACAACAAUGUCUAUGAACAAUUCCAAACAGCCAGUAUCUCCUGCAGCUGGGCUCCUUUCCAAUACAACUUGCCAGACGGACAACCGGUUUUCGGUAUUUUUUUCAAUCAUCUUCAUGACAGUGGGAAUUUUAUCAAACAGCCUUGCCAUUGCUAUUCUCAUGAAGGCCUAUCAGAGAUUUAGACAGAAGUCCAAGGCAUCGUUUCUACUUUUGGCCAGUGCCCUGGUAAUCACAGACUUCUUUGGCCACCUCAUCAAUGGAGCUAUAGCAGUCUUUGUGUAUGCUUCUGAUAAAGACUGGAUCCGCUUUGACCAGUCGAACAUCCUUUGCAGUAUUUUUGGUAUCUGCAUGGUAUUCUCUGGUCUAUGUCCUCUUUUUCUAGGCAGUGUGAUGGCCAUUGAGCGAUGUAUUGGAGUCACCAAGCCAAUAUUUCAUUCUACGAAAAUCACAUCCAAACAUGUGAAAAUGAUGUUGAGUGGAGUGUGCUUGUUUGCUGUUUUCAUAGCUUUGCUACCCAUCCUUGGGCAUCGAAACUAUAAAAUUCAAGCAUCGAGGACCUGGUGUUUCUACAAAACAGAGCACAUCAAAGACUGGGAAGAUAGGUUUUACCUUCUACUCUUUUCUUUUCUGGGGCUCUUAGCCCUUGGCGUUUCAUUCUUGUGCAAUGCCAUCACAGGAAUUACACUUUUAAGAGUUAAAUUUAAAAGUCAGCAGCACCGACAAGGCAGGUCUCAUCAUUUUGAAAUGGUCAUCCAGCUCCUGGCUAUUAUGUGUGUCUCCUGCAUUUGCUGGAGUCCAUUUCUGGGGCAGAGGAUAAUUUUGAUUUGGGAAAAGAAGAGUAAAGCCUAUGAAAAGUAA